GGGCAUGCAUAAUAUGAUUUACAGAAUUGUGAGUUGUAUCAUAAAGGUAUCGAAAAGUUACCUCUGUAUAAACAUUUGUCAGCAUUAUUAAUUUCAUCCAUUUAAAAAGAUAAAUUGGAAUAUAAAGACUGAUAACUGUUUUUAAACUUAUAGUUUGUAGUAUCGAGAAAUGGUGAGAAGAACUUAAUGUGUAUUUGAUAAAAUCGGAUACAAUCCAAAAUGGCAAACCAUUUCAAUACCUGCUACGAUAAGGUCGAAAACGGGAUAGGUGGCAUAUUUUCACGCUAUGGUCGUUUCGUAGCGAGGCACCCUUGGAAGAUAAUUCUGACUGGAUUUAUAUUUAACGGACUUCUUGGCAUUGGAAUGUUUAAACUUAAUAUUGUUAUAGAUGUCGAACGGGUUUAUACACCGAUUGGAAGUCAAGCUAGCAAGGACAGUGACAAAGUUAGUGAUAUUUUUCCCGACCUGAGCGGCACCAAUUUCAUUGGAUAUCAGAUGCCGAAGUUUGGUCGGUACGGUGAGGUAAUCGUCAUCCCAAAGAGCGGCAACAUUCUUGAUGGAGAGUUUCUCACUCAGCUAAAAGAACUCUAUUAUUUCUUGUUAUCAAUAGAUACUACUGAUGAAAAUAAGAAAACGGUCACAUUAAACGAAAUUUGCGCUAGGUCGUACGGAAAUUGCAGUAUCGACGGGGAUGUUUUUGUAGAUACACAGUUUAUUGAAGAAGUAAAUUCGAGUUCUGAUAUUCCUUUUCCUUAUUUCAACCAUUCGUCUCGUGGUCAAAUUUAUUAUGAACAAAUAGUUGGUGGCUUUAAUAUUUCAUCAAACACCCUAGUAUCUGCAAAAAUGUUAAUCAUGCGAGUGAAUUUGCGUACGGACUCUGACUAUUUUACAGAAACUGCAAAGAAUUGGCAAAACUCAUUUCUGGCAAAGAUAAAAGAGUUCUCUUCAAACCAUUUUGAUAUCUCGUAUUCACAUUCAGAUUCUUUAAGUGAAGAACUAAAUGAAAAUGUGUCAGGUGACAUUCUGAUAUUUUCAAUAACUUUUACAAUAAUGAUUACCUACGCAUGCAUAGCAACAAUGACAGCCCGAUGUGACGUAGUUGGUCAAAGGUCAAAUUUGGGAUUUGCUGGUGUUAUUGCAGCUGGUCUAGCGAUAGUUGCUGCUUUCGGUCUUGGUAGUGCAUGCGGGGUAGAAUUUGUCAGUAUUGUCGGAGUUGUCCCAUUUCUUAUUAUUGGUAUUGGAGUUGAUGACAUGUUUAUGCUUAUGUCUGGUAUUACAAGCACCAACUACGAAGACGAUGUUGAAACAAGGGUUGGAGAAACAAUGAGAACCAGUGGUGUAUCAAUCACAAUCACUUCUCUCACAGACUUGCUAGCCUUUGCUGCUGGAGCUUCUUCUGUAUUUCUUAGCGUUCGAAACUUCUGUAUUUACUGUGGUAUAGCGGUAGUAUUUUGUUACAUUAACCAGGCAACGAUUUUUCUUGCGUGUAUCGCAGUCAAUGAAAAUAGGACAUAUGACAACAAACAUUAUGCUACAUGUUUGAAAAUCAAAAUACCCGGUGAAGAAGAUGCAAAUAUGCCAAAGUGCCGAUUGCUUUGUUGUACAGGCCGGAAACCCAAGAAUCAGUCUGAAUCUGAAAGUUAUUUAGAUAAAGUUCCCAGGUGGUUGAUACCCAAAAUGAUUACACCAAUAUCAGCCAAGAUAAUUAUUUUUGGUCUUUUUGCUGGAUACUUAGGGGUUUCAGCUUGGGGUGUCACUCAAAUGGAACAAGGCUUAGAGCUUCAAAAUCUUGUCGCAAAAACAUCAUAUUAUUAUCAAUACAGGGAGCACUUAGAUAAUAAUUUUCCUUUGGGAACUUCGAUUUCUCUUGUUUUUGAUAAAACAAUGACUUAUUCGGAUGUUUCAGUUCAAGCCGAUAUUACUUCUCUUUUGACGGAUCUCAAAACGAAAAGUACAGUUCAAGACUAUAUUGAAAUAAACUGGCUGUCUGAAUAUAAAAAUGACGCUACAAACUAUAACAAUUCAACAGAGAAAAAUUUCAUAUUAGGCCUACGUGAUUUUUUGAGUAUGCCUAGCAACACACGAUUUCAAAAUGAUGUUGUGAUCAAUCGCAGCAACACUAGUAUAACGGUCUGUAGGAUUCACUUAAUGUCUAAAAGUAUCAAGAAAUCACAGGAACAAGGAAAAUUCAUGCUGAGCAUGCGAGAAAUGGUGUCGGAUAGCUCACUUUCAGUUUUUGUUUUUUCUCCAGCUUUUCUGUUCUAUGAGCAAUAUGUUACCAUUUUGUCUCAGACAUUACAAACUGUCGGGAUUGCUGUUGCUAUGGUAUUUUUCGUUACCUGUAUAUUCAUGCCACAUCCACUGUUGCUUUUAUAUAUAACAACAACUGUUGCCAUGAUUACUCUCGGAAUCUUCGGAUUUCUUUCAUUUUUAGGCCUUACUUUAAGUGCGAUUACAAUGAUUCACAUUAUAAUGAGCAUCGGUUUCUCUGUAGACUUUGCAGCACAUAUUUGUCACGGUUAUAUGAUUUCAAGCGGUGAUGACCGAAAUAAAAAAAUGAUAUCCGGAAUUGUUCGAUCCGGAGCUCCGAUUUUUCAUGGAGCAAUAUCAUCGUUGUUGGGUGUUGUCAUGUUAGCAGCAGCCAAAUCAUAUAUAUUUUAUUCUUUUUUCCAAGUCAUGAGCCUUGUUAUCACAUUCGGGAUUCUUCAUGCUCUUUUUCUACUGCCUGUUAUCUUGUCGCUGAUAGGUCCUUUUUCAUCUGUAACAGGGUCAAAGGUUGAUUCAGAGUCAGAGAAUUUAGACAGGAGAAGCGAAGCAGCACAAGCAUAUGAUAAUACAUCUUUUCGAAUACCCCGCCCGUCUGUGGAUAUGGACAAUGGGUAUACGUCUGAAUGUAACAAAAUCCCUAUGGCAGAUUUAAGUCAGAAAACCCCGUCUGCAUCACACUCAACUCAUACUUUUGCAGAAAUCGGAAAUUACGAUUCCUUUAAACGACAACUUUAAAAGUAAAAAAGAUAAAUAUCACCGUCUUGUCGAAACACAAUAUUCAUUAAUUUCAUAUUGAUUUGCUUGCAAAAGCAAAAUUUGAAAUGAACUGCAUUUCAGAGUACCAGUUGGAUGUCACAUAUUUAAAAUUAAAAUUAGAUUGAUUAGGACGAUGUACUACGGUGUCAAUGUAAACCUUUUUGUCAGAUCCUUUAUGCAAUUUCUCGGAAAAACUGUGGAUACAUAUCAGCCAAUUACAGCCGAGUAUUACCUUUCGCUUAAUCGUGUGCAGUACAAAUGUGUCAUUAAUCGUGCAGUGAUCAGUUUGAAUUUGUUUCUGUGAAUCCGUCAUUAAAUACUGUCAUAUGAAAUCGGUACAUUUGUGUUAAUUACAGUUUAACUUUGUUGACGGGUAAUAUUUAAAACCUAUAUAUAUGUAUAUAUGUAUAGAUAUAGACAAUACUAUGUUACUCCGACAACAUUCUGUAGAGUAAGAGUGACUGAUUAAAAUCACUUUCACUAUACCAAAAGGGGUAUAAAGAUAAAGAAAUUCAUUUUGAAUGUAUAACAAUGAAAGUAAGAUUAAACAUCUUAUAUAUUGAAUACACGUGGUAUUUUAAAAUUACAUAUAUAAUUUUAUAGUCGAUUGGUCUACAAUAAGCACAUUUCAAUUGAAAAAAAAGUUCCAAGUUUAAAUGUAUUCAGCACAUGAACAAUAUAUAUUUAUGACAAAGACAAUAAAUGUAAACAAAUACAAACAAACAAAUAUGUGCACAAUAAAAUUUAUUUCAAUAAGUAUUUCAAAUUUUGAUAUAACCCUAGAAAUGAAUCAUCUGGAUAUGCUUACAAAAUAUUUCUUGAAAAGAAAUGUUGAUCUAAUUCAUGGUAAUAUAGCAUGAAGAUUUAUAUGAUGAAUAAAUAUAUUCUAUUCAGCUUUAUGUAGAUAUGUAAUAUCAGAUCAUAUGUGUCACACUUACUAACAACAUCUUUAUAUUGUUCUUUUGUGAUUUGUUGGCACGUAUGAUACAAAAUAUUGUCAGCAAAAUUAUAAAAUGGUAUUGCACUCCUUUCAUUAUGGACCAAUUCACGUAAAAUGUACAUGGUUUAUUGACGUCAAAUCUGACGUCAGGAUUAUUAUAUGCCAUGCAUAUAAGUAUCGUUACAGUCCAAUCUGUUUGAAUGGGGAAUAAUGUGAUGGAAUAGUUUAUUAUGCACUGAUAUAUACAUUAAUGAUACUGCAGUUAAUACUGUAUAAUAUGUUCAUUCACAAUGUUGAGAUAUUGCUUGCAUUACUAGUAAAUGUAUUAUCAUAAUUAUACAGGAUGUGCUCUUCUGAUUUAGAAAAUAAAGAUAGUAUAUUUUAUUA